CCGCUAGAAGACGUUAUUUAGUAUUACGUAGGUAUCGAAGAGAACGUUUAUGGUGUGAUUCUGCGCAAUAAAGUGCGUAAUUGAAAAAAAUUUGAUAAUUUUCGAAAUGGCAAACAGAUACGGAGAUUAUAGAUAUGGAAACUACUAUUCCAGAGGACACCAAAUUCCAAAUAGUCCUCCAUUCAAAGCAUAUGUGGGUAACUUACCCCAAAACUGUGGUGAAGAUGAUUUUGAAAACAUAUUUGUUAAUUUAAAUAUACGAGAAAUUCGUAUGAUUCGUGACAGAGAAACCAACAGAUUUAAAGGUUUUGGUUUUGUCGAGUUUGAAGAUUUGGAAUCAUUCAGAGCUGCUCUAGAAUUGAAUGGCAGUCAUUAUGGAGGUAAAAAUAUCCGUGUUGAUGUUGCCACAAGAAGACGUGAUAGAGGUGGAUUUUCAAACAGAGGAGAUCGUCGUUAUGAAUGAAGUUUGACUUAUUUCUUCAUACAGGAGCAAA